CACUCAUUUUGAACGAAGCUGUCACAAUGAACGUCGUAUACUUUCUCUUUAGUCAUAUUUUUUUUAAUUUAGAUGGCAAUGCCAUGACAUUGACAGUGACAUGAUUACUGACUUUAUUGCAGCAGCGGUGCAAUUAUGAGGAUAAAAAUUGCAGUUCUGCAGAAUUAAUCACUUUUAUCCUUAGCUGACGACACGACCUUUGAAAUACACUUAGUUUAGUCAACAUAACAUCACAAAACUCGAUACCACACAAAACGGUGGUAUUCCCAGCAAUAUUUUCCAGAUGUGUUGAUUAUAAUGUGCGCUCAGUGAGUAUGUGUAUUGUCCGACUGUUCGUGAAGGCAUCGCAAGGUAAACGGUAGCAAUGUGGCUCGGUGGUUGAACGGGAGGAAGAGGAUUGAUCCACAUGAUUGGAUACAUCGACCUACGUUUACCGUCAUGCAUGCAGCCGAGCCUCUAGCCCACGCUUUGUACACCCCGGCCCUUGAGCCAGUGCCCUUCCAGUAGGUGGAGGCUCUUCCUCCCUCUAGCCUCUGUUUCUCCCCGCUGCCCCCAUCAGCCCCAGAGUUCCCUAUGUUAACCCUCUUGAGCAUGUUUUACUAUAUCUGUCUGCGGCGACGCUCCAGGAGUGGGACUCGAGGCGAGGCCCUGACCAGUCGGCGGGCUGUGGAGUCCGGCCAGCGGGCAGUGUUGCCAGUGAGUGUGGAGGUGGAGCAGUAUGCCAAGGAGGUUCUGGACUUCAGCUCCCACUAUGGCAGCGAGAAUAGCAUGUCCUACACCAUGUGGAACCUGGCCGGGGUACCAAACGUCUACCCCAGCUCAGGAGACUUCACACAGACAGCUGUAUUCAGAGCUUAUGGGACGUGGUGGGAACAAUGUGCCAGUGCUCCGCCACCUUUCCGCCGCACCCCUAAAGGAUUCCACAGCCAGGAUUAUAUUGAACUAGGCUUUGAGGAGCCUGUCUACCCUACAGCAGUGGAAGUGCUUGAGACUUAUUACCCUGGAGCCAUCGUCCAGAUUUUAGCCUGCUCUCACAACCCCUUCUCCCAGAACCCACCUACUGAUGUCAGGUGGGAGGUGCUGUGGUCAGGAGAGCCCACCAAGAUGCUGACCCCCCAGGCACGUCAGUUUUCCCCCACCAUCAAGCAUAUCAACUUCCCCACUAACCUGCUGCGUCUGGAGGUCAACAGCUCUCUGCUGGACUACUACACCGAGCUGGAUGCUGUCAUCCUGAGAGGGGUAAAAGAGAGGCCCAUGCUGGCCCUCUAUAAGAUGCCUGUCAUUGACAUUAAUGACCUGAGUGACAGCGAGGAGGAGCUGUCUGAUGUUGGAGGUCCAUUCAGACAAGGAGACAACAAGCACCAGAGGACAGGCAAUGGCUACUUUGACAGACUGCCCUAUGAGCUCAUCCAGCUGAUACUGAGCCACCUGACCCUGCCAGACCUCUGCCGUCUGGCCCAGAGCUGUAAGCUACUGCACCAGCACUGCUGCGACCCACUGCAGUACACCCAGCUGAGUCUGCAGCCCUACUGGAGCCGGCUGAGUGACGCCUCCUUAGGACACCUGCAGAGCCGCUGCACCCUCCUCCAGAGGCUCAACCUGUCCUGGACCGGCAACCGCGGUGCUCUCACCCUGACCGGCUUCAGCAGCUUCAUGAAGGCCUGUGGUCUCAGCCUGGCCUGCCUGGAGCUGUCUUGCUGCCACUUCUUGAACGAGGCCUGUCUGGAGGUCAUCUCUCAGACUUGUCCCAGGCUGCAGGAGCUCAACCUGUCCUCCUGCGACCGCCUCCACCCACAGGCCUUCACACACAUCUCCAAAUUAACAGGCCUCCGUAGGCUGGUGCUCUACCGGACCAAGAUAGAGCAAACGGCUAUUCUGAGCAUCUUGACUUUCUGCAUAGAGCUGAGACACCUCAACCUAGGAAGCUGUGUGAGGAUUGAGGACUAUGAUGUUGUGGCCAGUAUGCUAGCCGCUCGCUGUCGCUCACUCUGCUCGCUGGACCUGUGGCGCUGCAGAAACCUGACUGAUCGAGGCCUGGCUGAGCUUGUCUCUGGCUGCAGGAUGCUGGAGGAGUUGGACCUGGGCUGGUGUCCCACACUGCAGAGCAGCACCAGAUGUUUCCAGCACCUCGCCCGCAGCCUGCCCAGCCUACGCAAACUCUUUCUCACAGCCAACCGCACUGUCUGCGACUCAGACGUAGAGGAGCUGGCUGCCUGCUGCCCCUCGCUGCAGCACCUCGACAUACUGGGUACGCGACUGGUGAGUGCUGCCUCACUGAAGAAACUCCUCCAGUCUUGUCCACGACUCCUCCUCCUGGAUGUCUCCUUCUGUUCGCAGAUAGACAUGCGGGUCGUUCAAGAGCUCUCCGGCCUCUUCCCCAAUGUGGCCAUCAAGAAGAGCUUCACUCAGUGACCCCAGCGCCGUCUCAUUUCCCACAGUCCAGAGGAAGUAAGAGGAGGGAAGUGCUCGCCAGCAGAUACUGCCCCAAAGUGAAUAAGAGGCAGGUCAGAUGCUGUAGGAGAUUGCUGACCCGCCUGCAUCUGUAUCACAGACGAGAUCUUCUUUUAGCGGGUCAGUAAAUACAGCAGUUGCACUGGGUGAGGAGGUUCUUUGGAUUAACUGUCUGAACACAAACAACCACAGACUUGCAGUCACAGGAUUAAAGAACGUGAGACUUUUUAGUUGUUAUUUUUUUGGACACUUUAAAUCAGGGUCGUUGCAGUAAAGCUGCUACAUCUUCCCAGAAUCUGAAUCACCACUCAUGUAUUGCCAAGCAACACAAGGCUCGGAAAUAUGCCUUGGUACUGGGUGCAAAACACAAAACAAAAACAUUUGUGAGCAAUCCUCCUUUGAACAUCUUGUCAGGACAACAAAAAGGGACAAAAAAUGUGUGAAGCAUACCCUUAUUGGAAACUGUUGGAAAAGCUGCUGUAGGAUUUGUUAGUCACAUAUUUAUUUUAGCUGGUAACAUAAUUACAGAUCAGGGCCUUGGUCAGUGCCUUGUCAGAAUGUGCAGCAAUUAUGCUGGCUGUUGGAAUGCACAGGGGUCAUUCUGAAGGCAUCUGACAACAUCAAGCCAGUUUGAUUUAAUUGUAAGAAAUCAUACUUGAUGCAUUUGUGUUUGAAGGUAUCAGGAGCUUUAAGGGUGAAAACAAAGGAGUGAACGCAGCCUUAUUUCACACUGUGUCGUGUGGAUUGUGUCAACUCAAACCUUAAUGCAAGUAUCACAAGUUAUUUGUUGUGAAGAAUCAUACACAAGGAUCUCAAGUUGAAAAGAAACACACCACGAACUGUUGUUGCACCUGAGAUUCACUGUCAUGUUUUCAUUAGAAACAUGUGAGAACUUGUGAAAAAACAGACUAACAGAGUAACGUUUGUUUUAAUUUACACGAGCUAUAAAUGCAGAAGUAGAAAAAACACCCAGGGCAUCAAAUCAACAGACUGACUCAUUUAGAAUAAAGCACUGGGAAGUGACAGUCCAAAAAUAUACAGUUAACAAUGAUAUAAACUGCAGCAAAUCCUCACAUUGGAGAAGCUGAAAGUGACUGAAAUUUAAUACAAUAAUUAGUAAAUUACCCAGUUUGCAAUUAAUUGUCUGUCAGUUGACUUAACAGUUAAUCAGCCAAUCAUUUCAGGUCUAAUAAAAAACUAUGUCUAACGUAGCAAAUCCAUUAAAACAUUUCUGAUAGCAUAAUACUGAGAAGUCUGCAACCACAGCAAAUGUGUUCCAGUUAAAGGUAUACUAUGCAGGAUUUUACUAAAAUGCGAUGUAUUCACUCCAAGACUGGCCCCUGAAAGUCAGAGAUUCGAAUCAUCAGUUAGAGACCCCCUGCCAGUCUGUGUUCAGUGUACUUCUGGGGAGGCUUUGGUCCCCAGAUUCUGCUGCAGAGUGAGCGCUUUUCACUUUCACACUACUACAGGCAGCUGCAGACACAGAGGCAGCUGUCUUUCGCUGUUUACAGACAGUAACUUAGAAUUCCUGCAUAGUGUACCUUUAUUGUUUCACUACAUUUACCCUACAGAUGGAUAUGAUAAUGAUUUAGUAAUUAGGAAACAGCUUUAUUUAAGAUUGUGGCGUGGUAGGUGCCUUCUUUAUCGACUAUGACACAACAAGAACUACUUAAAACUUAACCUGAGACUUUGAUUGGAUUAGAUCUGUAGAUAACGUCACCAGAUCCAAUGUGCCUGAUUCAGGUCAAUUUCUGUUUUAAGUCUGCCCUUUAAAUUAAACAGGGUGCUUCAUUGUUUCAUUUUUGGUUAUAUAAGAACAGUUUACAUUGGCCAAGUCAGGAAAAAAAUCAGGUCAGGGUUUUAAGUCAGCCAAGGGCAAAGUAAAAGGUAAUAUUGGAUUAAUAACUGUGUUCGCUUACAGAUCAUUAUUUUCAUUCGUAAUUGCUUGGCUGUGUAAUUUUGAAGGAAUAAUGAGUGAUUUUUGCCUCCAAAGAUAAAUGAUUAAGUUCGAAAGUCACCAGUUCACAAUGCUUUUGUGAUGUUGCAUGCUUUUCCUGUUGUCUUUCACGCCAAGCUGUCUGUCACUGCUGUUUGACUACAGCCACCUAUUUAUGUAUUUACCUACCAAAAUGAAGCUCCAAUAGGAAGGAAUACUGUGGAAUAAGUUGAGGAUAGUACGUUAAACAUUGUUAGAUAUUCUAUGUGACCUCAGUAUUUUGUCCUGAAACUCAGGGGUUUUAAUAUUUCAUCUGGUUGUAAUUUUUUUUUUUUUACACAUACUUAGCUCCAAAAACCAGCACAGCAGACAUCUUUACAGAGCGCACUGAAUCAGCUCUGAGGUUAUCUGUCGUCAGUGUUGCUCUUAAACAACAAACACACAUGAAACAAACGAUCACUUAGCACUGAUGUAAACGUUCUAGCUUAUUGGAUUGCAGUAAUUGUAUGAUUGUGAAAACAUAUUGCUGUCCCUGAUUAUUUAAUUUUUUGUAAUAUAUGAAGCCACAGUUGUAAUGUGACAGAAGUGCUUACGAAGCAUUUCUUUUUUGAAAGAAAAAAAACUUGAAGUUUUCUUUUAAGCACAUGCUACUGUACUAGUCAAUAUUUGUGCCUUAUACUCCUGUUUGAAUGUGGUGUGGUGUCCAUGUGGUAUAGAUUGUAGUGAAGUGCUUUGCUUAUACGCCCUUCAACCAAAGUAAUGCGCAGAAACCUGGUCUUUAAUCCCACAACACUAUAUGACCAGUUUAUACGCCAUAUACUGUAUAUCAGCCAUGGUAAUUAUUAUGCAAAAUAAUAUUUAUUUAUACUUCCCUGUGUGAUAAAAAUGUUAUGUAAACUUGUUAUCCUUAUAUACACAAAUAGUAACACACACUUGGGGAAAAUCAGUGGUUUUGAUUUUAUUGCCCAAAUGAGAGGAAUGAUAUUAGUUUCAUCUUACUGCAUUCAGUUUGUCUGGCCUAACAGACCACAAAGAAGAAAGGGUAACACUUUACUUGAAGGUGUCAUAACUAUGACAUGACACGGUCAUGAACCUGUCAUGAACAUUAUGUACAUGUCAUAAACGUUUAUGACUGCUGUCAUUAAGUGUCAUUCGGUUUUUGUAAUGACAAGUUGACAUUGUUUGGGUUGUCUUGAGUAUGACAACUUGACAUUAAUCAAAGUGACAUUACCAGAAGAUGUCUUUGUCAUGACAAGUUGACAUUAAAUUUGUUUGGGAUGUCCUUAUUAUGACAGCUUGACAUCAACUAGGAUGACAUUACCAGAGGACGUCUUUGCCAUAACAAGUUGAAAUGAACAAGAAAUGCACUUCUUUUUGUGUUUAUGACAAGUUGACAUAAUGAUUAUUAUUGUUAUGACAAAGACAUCUUCUGGUAAUGUCACUUUAAUUAAUGUCAAGUUGUCAUAAUCAAGACAACCCAAACAAUGUCAACUUUCAUUACAAAAACCGAAUGAAACUUAAUGACAGCAGUCAUAAACGUUUAUGACAUGUUCAUAAAUGUUUAUGACAUGUUCAUAAUGUUUAUGACAAGUUCAUGACAGUAUCAUGUCAUAGUUAUGACAGUGUCACGUCACCCUUAUGUAGAUACCUUCAAGUAAAGUGUUAGCAAAGAAAGUGAAUUUUUGUCAUAGCACUAAGCACAAGCAGCAAACCACAAAGAAUGGAAGCAGAGGGAAACUGUUAACCUAGCACCGUCAACUGGAGAAAAAGUGGAGAUAAAAAUGUAAAUAUUGAGCUUUGGUGCUGUGAAUGUGAAUAUUGGGAGUGCCAGACAGGUUGUGAACACAGAACUCUAAAGUGAACAAUACACAAGGAUCUAGUAGUGACUAGCUUGCUAACUACAGAGAUACUUUGUGUGCAUAAGUUGGUUUUGAAGCAUAUUAUGUCUUUUCGCUUUUGAAAAUGCACUGUAGCAUGUGCUGUAGCCACCACUAAGAACACAGGUCAUGUUCUUAUUUUGGGGGAGGGGUUGGUAUUUGAAAGACCUGAAAUGACUUAAUGUUCUGUGAAUACACUCAAAUUACAUUUAGUUGUGUUUUUAAAUCUUAUUCUCAUGAUGUUUUAGAGGUAAAGGAGCUGUAUGCGACAUUAAGAGCUUAUCUUUGAUUUUGAGUUUGAGCCAUCUGCAUGUGUGGGUCUUAUCGUGGAUGUGGCUGAGCUGGUGGUUAGCAGCUAACAGUGCAUACAGCUCCCUUAAUAUCUCUGAAUGUCUUUUUGUUUUUUUUGUUGUUGUUUUUUUUACAUCAGGCGAGAGGCGGGGCACACCCUGGACAGGUCAUCAGAGUAUCACAGGGCUCACAAACAUCUGCAUUUCUAGAAUCCUGGCUACAGUUUUGAUGCUAGCAGUUACCCGCUUCCAUUCUUUGUGCUAAGCUAGGCUAAACAUGCCACCAAACAAUCUUUGUCCUGAAUGCCCAGAUUUUAGAUCGAUAUCAACCUUCUAAUGUGAGCGUGGGUUUGAUGGGAAACCCCACAGUGCUGGAGUGUCCCAUUAAAAUUGUACUUAUGUUGAAAUGUAUAUAUUUUCAGUCUGCUUUGUGUUUUAAACAGAAUGGGUGUGGUAACGGUGUGACACACCAGCCCUCCCAUUCAGAUGAUACAAGUAUUAUUUCAGUGAGUCGAAAGCAGGCAGUUAACGAUGAAAGCUUAUUCUAGCUGGGUGACUGAAAGCCAAGAAGUGCAUCGACACAUAUGCCUGUCCCGCCCAAAUCCAGGCAGUCAGUUUGAAUAUAUUUUGAGAUAAUUAUUUCUCAAAUGACUAUAGCAACACAGUGAAAACACUGACAAUGUAUAGUGUGUACAGCAACUAUCUGCAACAGCAUUUAUUUAAUAACAAAGACUAUUUGAACAUUCUCAGAUGGUCACUGUCUGACUGAUAGAGCAGUUUGGUUCAACACCUCCCGAUGUUUGUGUUGUUUUAGCUCCCUACCUUGAGUGACUGGAACGGCCCUGCUUUUCUCUAAUGAAUAUGCAUUCUCUUCUUCUCCUACUCUGGAUGUGUGAUCAACCUUUGUGCCAUUGGUAGGAUAUGCAGUGAUGCUCCCUGUGCUACAGUGUGAAAGCCACUGUUGUGUGAAAAAGAUUGUGCCUCUGUCAUGAUGAAACUGGGUGCUUCACUUUCACCAGAUUUUAAAUAAACUGGAGGCUUAUGACUGAUGCAGCUCUGGGCUCUGUGUCUGUGUGGCUCCUUUUAAUGCUCUCAGCUCCUCUGAUCCUGGCAGGACAUGGAUAUGAUAGGAACCGGACAGUAACAACAGUGUGUACGUUGCUAGAAUUGACUUGUUAGUAUUCAGUUUUCCCUGUCUCUUUGGCUUCAGUGAACAGUGCAUCAUCGCUGGCAAACCAAAUGAAAAUUGUUUUAUUGUAUCGGGCUGAGGAUUCAUAGGUAAAGUUGUGUCAGUGUGAUUGGGGGAAAAAAACAGUCUCCACUAGGGCUGCACGAUAUGAGGAAAAUAUGCGAUAAAGAAUAUCAAGAUCGUGAUAGUACCUGCGAUAAAUUAACAGAAUUAAUGGGAAACUUUAGUCGUUUUGAGCCUGGACUCUACUUUCUAGGGCUGUACCCGACUCAGAAAUAUAAAGAUUUGACGAUAUUUUUUGUUGUUUUAAAGUUUGAAUAGGUUCAGCAAGACGCUUAGUGUGACAGCGUCAUUUAAGUAUUAGAGUAAACAAGCCAACUGCGUCAACGACAGGUCAGAAAUGUGCAACAUUUCUUGACAACAUAGAUGUCAAACAAAAGCCAGAAACUGUCGCAUUAAGUUGCAGUGAGCUGUAAGUUCACCAUUUAAUAGCAGAAGAGAGAAGACGUUUUCUCAGAGCCUUUCUCUGUGCUGCUGCCUGCAUGUUCACAGCUCCCUGUACAAGAGUAGCGUGAAAGUCAAGGGUGCUCACUCUGUAGCAAAAUCUUGACCAAAAUGAGGUACACUGCACAGCACACUGACUAGUAAAAAAAA